GUCAAGUUUCAAAUACACCCAGUUAAUGACCCACCUAUUAAAAUCACCUCAUUUGCUCGAACAUGGUUUCUACAAAUUCUAUUCAUUCAAGACAGUAAUCCCCAGCUUUAAUGAACUAAAAUCUAAUUGAAAUUGGAAGUUGAAGAAGUUGAAGAAGUUGAGGUGAAGCAUGAAUGCUUGAAAUCAAAAUUUUCAGGCCCUGGAUUUGAUUGAGCUACGUGAAUUUAUAUCUUGGUUGGUGGGUCAGGCUUUUGGGGUUUUAGCGUUUUACAGCACGUAGGCUUUUAGGGGGUUUAUAGCUCAUAGGCUUUGAGUGUAUUUUAAAUUUUUUUUAGCACUCGUCUUUGGUCAGAGGGAAGCCCAGAUGGUUCCAGAGGGGAAGAAUGGGCUGCCAGGAAGACCGAACAAAGGGGGAUAGGUCCACUGUGUUGAUGGGGGAGCUGAUGCAGCUGAAGCUUCUUGGUUUUGGAGUGAUCUCAAAAUCCAAAAACUUCACAUCACACUUGUUCUUUGCCCACUGGUUCAGAUUUUCCAUUGAUCUGCUUAAGGAUUGGAGAGAGGGGGGGUUUCAAUUAUUGAACUUCGUAUAUAAAUGCUUCAUUGCCAAAGCUUCAGAUCAGCAUCAGACUAUCAAGUGUUUCUGUUCUGUGCCUACAACAGCAAUGGUCCCUUAUAAUACCAGUUUGUUUGUAAUUUUUCUUUGUUCUCUGUUUUGUAUGGCUCUUUCCGCAGAACCCGACUUGGAAAUCGAAAUUGAGGCCUUGAAAGCCUUCAAGAAUUUGAUUACCUAUGACCCAUUGGGAGCACUCGGGGACUGGACCGAUGCGAACUACCACUGCAACUGGUCUGGCAUUGCCUGUGGUGCUUCAUCAACCCACGUGAUUUCAAUAUCUUUGGUGGAAAAGCAGCUCCAAGGCAACAUCUCACCAUUCAUUGGAAACAUUACCCACCUCCAGGUUCUGGAUUUAACUUUGAAUUCAUUCGCAGGACAUAUCCCAGCUCAACUAGGCCAUUGUUCCCAACUUUCUGUGCUAACUCUUUAUGCAAAUGCUCUUUCAGGUUCCAUUCCACAAGAACUAGGAGACCUUAAAAAACUGAAAUCAAUUGAUUUGGGUAAUAAUUUCUUGAAUGGAAGCAUUCCUGAAAGCAUUUGCAACUGCACGUCCUUAAUAGAACUUGGCGUCAUCUUCAACAACCUCACUGGUACUAUUCCAUUAGGCAUUGGAAAUUUAGCCAGUCUUCAGCUUUUUGUAGCAUAUGGGAAUCGUUUGGUUGGUUCUAUACCAGCUUCGAUUGGCAUAUUGGGAGCUUUGCAAGCUUUUGAUCUAAGUCAAAACCAACUCUCAGGCGAAAUACCCCGGGAAGUUGGGAAUUUGUCAAAUCUAGAGUAUCUUCAGCUGUUCGAGAAUGAGCUCGUGGGCAAAAUCCCAUCUGAAAUAGGGAAUUGUGGGAAGCUCAUUGCUUUGAACAUAUACAAAAAUCAACUAUCUGGCUCCAUUCCGCCUAAGCUUGGAAAUCUUUCUUACUUGGAAGAGUUAAGGCUAUACAAAAACUGGAUGAAUUCCACAAUCCCAGUCAACUUAUUCCAGUCUAAAUCAUUAACCCACUUGGGACUCCCCGAAAAUGAGUUUACUGGAAUCAUACCUUUAGAGAUUGGAUCCUUGAAAUCAUUGAAAGUUCUGACACUGCAUUCAAACAAGUUAAUUGGAGAGAUACCUUCUUCAUUAACAAACCUAACCAAUCUGACAUACUUGUCUGCAAGCUUCAAUUUCAUCACUGGAAAAAUUCCGUUAAAUAUCGGAUUACUUCGAAAUUUAAAGAACCUAACCUUGAACAAUAACUUUCUUGAUGGACCCAUUCCCUCUAGCAUCAUCAAUUGUACCCAGCUUCUAUGCAUAGAUUUAGCUUAUAAUGAGCUAGGUGGGCAAAUUCCUAAGGAUUUAGGGCAAUUGCAGAAUCUAACAUUCCUGUCUCUUGGCAAAAACAAAAUGUCUGGGGAGAUUCCUGAUGAACUUUUUAAUUGUUUAAAUCUCAACAGACUCGAUUUGUCCUGGAAUAGUUUUGGUGGGAUGCUGAGACCUAGUGUUGGGAAGCUCUUUAAUCUCCAGCUUUUGCAAGUCCAUCGAAAUUCAUUAGCGGGGCCAAUUCCAUGGCAGAUUGGCAAUCUAAGCCAACUAGUGUCUUUAAAACUUGGUGGGAAUAAUUUUUCAGGCCUAGUUCCUCCAGAACUGUCUAAGCUUUCUCUCCUGCAAGGUCUUUUUCUGCAAGAUAACAUGCUGGAAGGUGUAAUCCCUGAGAACAUUUCUGAACUACUACAGUUGACUGAUCUACAGUUGCAAAACAACAAACUAGUAGGUGCCAUUCCGAAUGCUUUAUCGAAACUUGAGCUGCUUUCAAACUUGAAGCUCAAUGGAAACAUGCUUAAUGGGUCAAUCCCAGGAACCAUGGCGCGACUUAGCCGAUUGAUGGCCUUGGAUCUCUCUCACAACCAUCUUACAGGAUCUAUUCCUGUGUCCAUGGUUGGGGGUCUUAAAAACAUGCAGAUAUAUAUAAACUUCUCUUACAACCGUUUGACGGGAGCCCUUCCGGAUGAGCUUGGUAUGUUGGAAAUGGUGCAGGCCAUUGACAUCUCAAACAAUAAGCUAUCAAUGAGCAUUCCUGAAACACUUGGGGGGUGUAGGAAUUUAUUCUCUCUUGAUCUGUCUGGGAACGAACUUUCCGGCCAAAUUCCAGAAGAAGUUUUUAGGCAGAUGGAUAUACUCACAAGCUUGAACCUUUCAAGAAAUGAAAUCAGUGGUGAAAUUCCUACAAGUUUGACAAAUCUUCAGCAUCUUGUCUCCCUUGACCUUUCCCAAAAUAACAUCUGUGGUGCAAUUCCCGGAAGCUUUGCCAAUCUUUCCUCCUUGAAACUUCUAAAUCUUUCUUUCAAUCUACUCGAAGGACCUGUUACGGAUGCUGGCAUAUUCAGAGACACGAAUGCUUGUUCUUUGGUUGGAAAUGUCGCUUUGUGUGGAGCUGAAGCUCAUAAUUCUUGCAGCAAGAGCCACCACUCUGCUUCACAUAGUUUUUCGAAGAAAUCCAUAAUAAUUCUCACAGCCCUUGGGUCAGUUUUUAUGUUUCUAGUUCUAACAAUUGCAUUUUUACUCCUCAACCAGUGCAUCCGGAAGCAUAAAACCAAUGGUGUUGAGAAUAUAGAACCUGGGUAUGCUUCAUCGUUAUCCCUCAAAAGGUUUAACCAGCAGGACUUAGAAGCAGCUACUGGUUUAUUUAGCAAAGAAAACAUCAUUGGUGCUAGCAGUUUGAGCAUGGUGUACAGAGGCAGACUAGAAGAUGGGAGGAUGGUAGCUAUAAAAAAAUUGAAUUUGCAUAUGUUCUCUGCAGAAUCUGAUAAACACUUCAACAGAGAAGUCAAGACCUUGAGCCAAUUGAAGCACAGGAAUCUGGUGAAGAUACUGGGGUAUGCUUGGGAGAGUGGAAAACUGAAGGCUCUAAUUUUAGAAUACAUGGAGAAUGGGAACUUGGAGAGCAUUAUACACGACUUGUCGGCAGAUCAUUCAAGAUGGACACUAUCAGAGAGAAUCAAUGUUUUUGUAUCCAUUGCGACUGGUCUGGAUUACCUGCACUCAUGCUAUGAUUCCCCUAUUGUUCAUUGCGACUUGAAGCCUUCAAACAUCCUCCUUGAUGGAGAUUUUGAGGCCCACGUAAGUGAUUUUGGAACCGCUCGGGUUCUGGGUGUACAUCUCGAGGAUGGAAGCAGCCUCUCAUCAUCAUCAGCAUUUGAAGGAACUAUAGGCUACUUACCACCAGAGUUUGCAUAUACAAGGAAAGUUACAACAAAGGUGGAUGUCUUCAGUUUUGGCAUAAUAGUGAUGGAGUUCCUAACUGGAAGAAGGCCAACAGGACUCACUCUAGAGGAUGGAUUUCCAGUGACUCUGCGAGAACUCGUGGAGAGUGCCGUUGCUGGUGGAAGGGACCGACUUCUUCAAGCUUUGGAUCCUCGUCUAGCCUUCAAUAUCUCUGAGAAUCAUGAGAAGAUAAUAGCAGAGCUCCUCAAAGUCGCUCUGUCAUGCACUUGUCCAGAACCCAAGGCUCGACCCGAUAUCAGCGAAGUGUUAUCUGUGAUGUCAAAGCUAAAGGUAACAUGGUAACAUCAGAUAGGAUCAGAGUUAACCAAAACAAUGCUUUCCCAUCACUGAAGCCUACAGCACAAAAUUACUAGCCACAACAAUGCUUUCCCAUCUUGAAGCAAUUCAAUGAGAGCUGCAACUCUAUGCAAAUUUUGUCCUCAAUUAACUCCUUGUGGGCUGCAUGCCCAUCUUUCUGGGUAGCAAUUUUGUUCAACUCGGAGUUAAUUUAUAGUGGUUAGUAAUUUUGUUCAACUGCAUUUUUUUGUUAUGACACUUGUAAUUGAUGUUUCAUUUACUUGAUAGCUUCUUUAAUGUCAUUCAGAGGAUAAAGGGUUUUUAACACGACAUUUUAUAUAGACUUUGAUUUUUAGUUGUUUUGGACAUUU